AUGAUCAGUAUUAUUGACAAGCAGUAUGCAAAUGACUUGGCUGCAGGAAAUAUUGACAUGAAAAAUGGAAACAAACAAAACAGUUUUCCAUGUUUGCAGAUGGUGAGUUGCACUUAUAAAUGUGAAUCAUGGGGGAAGGGGUACAAGCAAAGAUUUCAUGGAUGAUGUGAACUACUCUUGUCAAAUUUUUGUUUGCCUUUAGAUAAAUGUACCUGUAACCAAAGAUAAAUGUACCUCUGAUGCCCUAAACACAGGUAAAUAGAGCUUAAAAUAGUAUGAAAUUUUUCAGUCCGGUUUCCCAGGAUGAAACAAUUACAUGGAAAUUUUAUCCUGGGAAACCGGGCUAGCCCUGUUGCAACAAAUGAGACAUCAGCAAAGUAAGCUGGUAUGUAAUUGAAACAUUAUAUGAUUAUUAUAGUAAGCGGGCUAAACUGGUCCUUAUAAUAGUUCCCUUAAAAAAAUAUGUUUCUACAUGAAGGCAACAGUUAAUAUUUUCUAAUUAUACGACUGGUGUUCUCUGAUAUUUAUAUACAGUAGAACCCCCGCUAACUCGAAUUAACCAGACUUGGUGUCAUAUUUCGUUUAUUAUGUUAAUAAUUAAGGUAUAAAAGUUUUAUUAUAUUGUUCAUCAAAAAUACAAAAGGUUUAAUUGUGCAUUCCUAUAACUAAAGUUCUUUUACAGUCAGUAUCUUUUUAACUUGGGUGAUGGAGGAGGCAUGCAAUUUCCAUGCAAACUAAAGUUCUUUGGACAUGAAAAAUAUGUAGAAAUUUACAAAAGGAACUAAAAAAAUUAGAUCAAUAACAAUCGUCGCAACUAUGUGUACAAUCUCUUAAAAUUUAUGAUCAUUUAUACACCAAUUUAAAUUGUUGUUAUUUGAAUAAAAAUCCAAGUUACCGGUUGUCAAAAUGCUAUGUUCUGACAUUUUAAGGUUUGCCGGUCCACAACUCGAAAACAAAGUUCGAGUUAACAGGAUAAAUUUGACCAAGGGAAAACAAAAUUUGUUCGAAUUAGCGAGGAGUUUGAGUUAAGCGAGUUCGAUUUAAGCGGAGUAAAUUACUAUAAAAAACAGUGUCAGAUCCAAGGGGAAUUGGAUUUAGUUCGAGUUAGUGAGGACUUCGAGUUAGCAGGGGACUACUGUAUUUAUAAUUUUGAUUUAUAGAUGAAGAGACAGAGUUGGAUGUCACAGUGACCAGUAUUGACAACUCUUGGUUUUCGUGGAGGAUGCCUUGUUUUCCAGUAAUGUACAUAGAGUUUACCAAGGCUAAAAUUAAAAUAAAUGGAAAGAAUUUUAAUGGCUUGGUAAAAAGAGGGUUAGACAUUUCUCCUGGAAAAGUUAAAUGUGCUUCGUACUGCCAAGUGAAGAUCGAUGAAGUGGACUAUACAGUUCUCUGGAAAUUUUCAAACUGCCAGGUUGAACUAUGUGAGGCAACAGCACAGGCAGCAGCAGAACCUAUGCCAGCCCCUAAAGAAAGCUAUGAGAGUGACACAGACACUCAGCACACUUUACCAUUCAAAGUGCUUGGUACAUGCCACUCGACAUGUAGACAAGAUGCCCUUGAGGAAGCGUAUUCCUACCUAAACGAAUACAAUAGGCCAGUUUUUGUCAUACUGGAACAUGAAGUAGACAAUGCAUAUGACAGUAAUGCAAUAGCAGUUUUUGUUCAAACCGAUUAUGAGUAUAAAAAGGUGGGUUAUAUUGCAAGCGAAUUUACUAAGUAUGUUCACUAGCACUUGCAUGAUCCCGAUUUCACUGUUUCAGUGAGACACAUUUGGUUUUGUCGGCUCUUAGUCAGAUAAAUCCCUCGGGUCCCUCGGGUUUGUAUCUGACUAAGAGCCUCCAUUUUCGGUAUCUAACUCUUACUUAGGUGUUGGUUACCACAGCAUUAUAAAACAAGGUGGGAAGAGUGGUGACAUGUAUGAUGAUGUUAUAGCGAAAUAAUUUGUGUGCAUGAAAUUUAACCCCAUAGAUAUGAUGUAGUAAAUGACUGAGCUAAUAUACAAACCAGAUUGUCAUCACUGAUUCAUAAUAAUGUUAGCAGACAAUGCCAAGCAAAGUUCAAAUUGUGCCUUCUUGACAAUCGUGUGUAUGGAUUCAGGAUGAGAUCAAGAUCAAACAAACUGGCAAUAUUUUGAUGGCUGGUUAUUAAAGAAUAUUAAUGAGAAGUAUUUUCAAUCAGUCCGGUUAGGUAAUAGUCAAAAAGCUAUAGCUAUAUUGUACCAUGCAAUCGGUUAUUAUUUAUUUAGUAUACAGUAUGCUAGAUAUGUGAAUAUCAAGUUAAUUAUUGAGAAUCAACACAAUAUACCGGGUGUCCCAAAAAAAAGUACUCUGGUUUGAUUCGUAAUAACUUCGAAACAAGUAAAGCUUUUAAAGAGAAAUAACUUGCAUCAAAUAGAGGAAGCCCUAACUUAGAUGUUGAUAUAUUGCACUUGUAUUUCACUUAAAAAUUCGCGGAGAUAUUAAUGUUUAAAAUCGGGAGCAUAUUUCUGGAUGUGUCUGAAAUAUGCAAAAAACGGGGUAUCAAAUAUUAAUCAAGAUUUGCCCGACUGAAACAUGCACCAUUACCAGUAAAUAAAUGACACUUGACAAAUUGUUUAUUAUGAAACAAAGUAUUGUUAUCUACAAAAUACAAGGAAGAUUUAUUCGUCCAAAAUCCGCGUGUGUUCCUAUAGCACGAGUACGUUUCCUUAUUUCAUAAGACCACUAUAGCUGACUGCAUCGCGAAGGAUCAUCAAUCGUUCGUGUUCUGAAUUAGGGGAUGCUGUCACAAUGGAAUUGUGAAGCUCUUCUAACUUUGCAACGUUCUGAAAUCUUGUUAAGAACACUCGAUCUUUUUUCCUUUUUCUUAAUCUUAACAAGUUCAGAAUAAACUAAGAAUGAAACACAAUCAAACCAUACAACUCCAUAAGACAUAACAAGCCACUCCCUAGAGACAUCCAACAUUUUUGGAACAAAACGUAACAAAAUAGUAUAGCGUUGAUACUGUGAUGUGUAUUUGCAAAAUGCAGUAUUAUUUCCUUCAUUAAAAAAUAAUAUUCAUCCUGCUCUAAUCGAGAAAUAUUCAACUCUGUUUUCAACCCAUGAAAAGCAUAAAAAAUAUAGGCUAUUUAAGAAAAAUUUAAGCGCCUGCCUUGAAUGGUCUUUCAUGUACCUUUAAGUUUGUAUUAAAGACCUAUUAAAUACUUGACGUUUAUAUUUCGUAAUAUAAUACGAACGUGUAUAUUUCAGGAAACAAUGAGCUUAGAUGUAAGAUGUCCAAAUCUACGCCAUAUCCUUAUACAAUCCCUGACGACAAUUCGCUGAAAUACAAGUUAGCCUGAUAUGUCAUUAAACAAACAAACGCUGGAGUUAAUACUUGAUAUGCCGAUUUUCGCUAAUUUUAGACACAUCCCAAAAAUAUGCUCCCGAUUUUGAACAUUAAUAUCUCCGUGAAUUUUUAAGUAAAAUACAACUGUAAUAUAUCAAAAUCUAAGUUAGUCCUUCCUCUAUUUAAUGCAAGUUAUUUUUGUUUGAUAGCUUUACUUGUUUAGAAGUUAUUAUAAAUCAAACAGGAGUACUUUUUUUUGGGACACCCGGUAUAAACUGAUGUUAUGCAUUACAGGCAUUCAAUCAAGUACCAAUAUUUAAAGUCGUCAAGGCAUGCCAUGGCAUGGGAAGAAAUAUGAAACAUGGGAAGAAAUAUGAAGAGUAAAUUGGCACGCACCCUGGAGCACUGAAGCGCUCAAGUCUGUGAUGCUCAGUCAAAAAUGUAGUAUUGUCUUUAAGGGAACUUUCGCCCUCGAUCGGUUGGGUGAAUCAACUGAAGUUAAAGAUACAGUCAAUUAUAUGGCAGCAAAAUUUCUUCAAGCUACAGACGAAGCUAUCCAUGAGGCAAAAAGGAGAUUACAUCUAGCGGAUGAGAUCAUCCAUGCAGCAGGCUGUAAAACUACUACAUCAUCAGUAGAAACAGCAAUUAGAAGCAGUUCGCAUUCCCCUCUGAAAUCCGAACGCAGGAAAGCCCUUGCCGAUGCAGCGGCUGCUAAAGAACAGGCUGAGUAUGAGAUGAUAAUCGCACAUAAGAUCAACGAAAGGAAACAAUUGGAAGCAAAAGAAGAACACCGUAGAUUAACAGAGAAGGCUCAAUAUGAACAUGAUGUGGCAAUUCUAGAGGCGAAGAAAACAGAAGCCAUUGCAAAAGCCAAGCUGGACGCAAUAGAACAAUCUAUUACUGAUGAUGAAAUAAAGUCGCACAGAGAUAGGUCACACAGACCGACAUAA